UAAAAUUUCUAGGUUUUACUUUAUUAUCUCCGUCCUCUUCACUCCAAAAUUCCCACUUCAUCUUCCUCUCUCUCGCUACAGUGAAAUCCAGAAAAUCAAUCAAUUUCAUCGAAACAAAUUCAAAUCAGAAAUUCCCAUGAUGAUCAACAUGGGUAAAGACUGGCAAGAAAUAACUCAAUCGAUUAUAAUCGGCUUAAUCUUCUCAUUCCUGGUCGCCAAAUUAAUUUCCAUGGUAAUCUCAAUCAAAGAUGCAAAUCUCAAAGUAAUUCGAGAACAAGAAGAAGAGGAUGAGGAUGAUGUGAAACCUAAAAAAGAAUCAACAUCAUUACCAGAAGUUAAAGAAGAAGAAGAGGAGAUUGUUGAAUCUGAUGAGAAGAAGAAGAAAUCUACUGAUACUACUAGGGUUCUAAGUGAGAGUGAAGAUGAUGAUUGGGAAGGAGUUGAAAGUACUGAAUUAGAUGAGAUAUUUAGUGCUGCAACUGCAUUUGUAGCAACAGCUGCUGCUGAUAGGUUGUCACAGAAGGUAUCCAAUGAUGUUCAGUUGGAGUUGUAUGGUUUAUAUAAGAUUGCUACUGAAGGUCCUUGUACAUCUCCUCAGCCUUCUGCUAUUAAAAUGACUGCUAGAGCUAAAUGGAAUGCUUGGCAGAAACUUGGUGCAAUGCCACCAGAAGACGCGAUGGAGAAGUACAUUACCGUUGUUAGCGAGAUUUAUCCUUGGAUAUCUGGUUCUUCUGUUAAGAAGCAUGGUGGGGACAAGGAGGGAAAUGAUUCCAAGGGGAUAAUGGGACCAGUUUUCAGCUCGUUUGCAUAUGAGGAAGAAUCCGAUAAUGAACUUAAGAUGGAAGCUAUACAUACAUCUGCGAGAGAAGGAGAGCUGGACAAUCUGGUGAAGCACAUAGAGAAUGGUGUUUCGGUGAAUCUUCAGGAUAGCGAGGGACGUUCUCCAUUGCACUGGGCUGUCGACCGAGGCCACCUUGACAUGGUAGAGUUGCUUCUCAGCAAGAAUGCUGACGUGAAUGCUCAGGACAAUGAAGGCCAAACUCCGCUGCAUUAUGCAGCCAUGUGUGAUAGAGAAGCCAUUGCGGAAAUUUUAGUAAAGCAAAACGCUGAUACCGAUGUGAAAGACAAUGAUGGAAGCUCUGCAUCUGAUCUUUGCGAAUCAAACUGGUCUUGGCUGCGUAAAUAGAUGAUCUUAACCUUUCAUUUCCUAUCUUAAGAUUUUGUGGAUCUAGUAGGGUUUAAUGUACAUCCAAAUUUUGAACCUGAACUAUGUUUUCCCUCGUCUUCCUCAGUAGCACAUGUUCAUGGGUGCUUUAAAAUUGACUCAGUUACUGUAUUUAGCUUAGCUGGUUUAUAGAAGGAAAAAGGGUUUUUGUAAAGAAGCUCAACAUUUCGAAGAGUGUCUAUAUGUUUCAAGUUGGGGCUUCAAUUUUUCACCUCCUCUUAUCUAUUCAUAAGCUAGCUUGGAUCA